AUGCAGGCUGCGUGCUGGUACGUGCUUCUCCUCCUGCAGCCCACCGUGUACUUGGUGACAGGCGCCAAUUUAACAAACGGGGGGAAAUCAGACCUUCUGAAAUCAGGAAGCAGCAAAUCCACACUCAAGCACAUAUGGACAGAAAGCAGCAAAGACUUAUCUAUCAGCCGGCUCCUGUCACAGACUUUCCGUGGGAAAGAAAAUGACACAGAUUUGGACCUGCGCUAUGAUACCCCAGAACCUUAUUCGGAGCAAGACCUCUGGGACUGGCUGAGGAACUCCACAGACCUUCAAGAGCCUCGGCCCAGGGCCAAGAGAAGGCCCAUAGUUAAGACGGGCAAGUUUAAGAAAAUGUUUGGAUGGGGUGAUUUUCAUUCCAACAUCAAAACAGUGAAGCUAAAUCUAUUGAUAACUGGGAAAAUUGUAGAUCAUGGCAAUGGGACAUUCAGUGUUUAUUUCAGGCAUAAUUCCACCGGUCAAGGGAAUGUAUCUGUCAGCUUGGUGCCCCCUACGAAAAUCGUGGAAUUCGACUUGGCACAACAAACCGUGAUUGAUGCCAAAGAUUCUAAGUCCUUCAACUGCCGCAUUGAAUAUGAAAAGGUUGACAAGGCUACCAAGAACACACUCUGCAACUAUGACCCUUCAAAAACCUGUUACCAGGAGCAGACCCAAAGUCAUGUUUCCUGGCUCUGCUCCAAGCCGUUUAAGGUGAUCUGUAUUUACAUUUCCUUUUAUAGUACAGAUUAUAAACUAGUACAGAAAGUGUGCCCCGACUACAACUACCACAGCGACACACCAUACUUCCCCUCAGGAUGAGGAUGAACAAGGGCAUGAGACUGAAGCCUGAGGAGUUAAAGGUCAUAUGGCAGGGCUGUCACCUCAAAGAGGAAGGUCCUAUCUGUUGCCUGGAAUGUGUCUACACUGCUGCUC